CUGAAAGUUAACCGAAACUUCGUGGAGGGCGACUUCAUACUCGAGUACUGUGGUGAAUAUGUCGAACGCCUCGAGCUUAAACGGCGUCGAGAGGCGUACAAGAAUGACGAAGUGAGUAUCGUUUCCAUGGGUUAUACGCCACUUACUUAAUCUAACGACCGCUGAAUCUUUUAUUAGAAUUUCUACUUGUUCAAGACUCGGGACGGUGCGAUCGAUCCUAAGGAUAUGGAUUGCCUUUCCAAAUUCAUUAAUCACUCUUGUGAUUCCAACUGCCGCGCAGAGAUAUGGACUGUGUUGGGGCGUGAACGUAUCCGUUUAGUAGCCACGAAGACUAUCUGCAAAGACGACCCACUGGAAGUUGAUUAUAGAUAUCCGCCCCUUAGAGAUGGAGGCUGCCAGUGCGGAAGUGAUCGGUGUAAAUACCCAUCUCCAAAAGGCUUGUCCCCUGGUGGUCCAAAUCAGCCCUGACCGACCGUCCUUUCUGGAAAUACUUCAAAAAGCGCAUUUACGUCGGGCUUGGGCUUCUUCUUCAAUAGACACCUUUCCUUGCGUUUUGAUUUGAAAUACCAGUCGCUCGAGUCAUUGUAAUGGUGCCGUAAUGUCAGCUGUGUCAGCUGUAUGCAGUCGCUUUCGCUCUCGAGCGGAUUACGACAUACGCUGGACCCUCAAUCCGUAGAGCCGACGCGUUCCAGCCUUUUUCGAACAAGCUCUUCGAGUACCGGGAUCCACUUCCAAGCGUCCUCCAUAUCCUUAUUGGUACUGUCCGGAGCUUCGACCUGCUUGCUAACCACAUCC